CAAACCAAACAGAUGUGCAGUGUCAGUAAAUUGCGCUGUAUGUAGUGAGGGUCCUUUGGUUCAGUUUCAUCAACCAUAAAUUUUCUCUUUGCGUUCCAUCUUCUUUAGGCCAUUCUUCCAUAAAAACACAAAAAGACCCACAGAGAGGAACAUGGCAUGUCCAGCAAUGGCAAAUGGGAACGGCUCAUUGAAGAACUUGAAGCUAAAUGACACCAAGGGAAAGACCAUCACUUGCAAAGCUGCCGUGGUAUAUGGUCCUGGAGAGCCCUUUGUGGUGGAAAACAUUCUUGUUCAUCCUCCUCAGAAAAUGGAGGUUCGAAUCAAGAUCCUCUACACUUCCAUUUGUCACACCGAUCUUAGCGCAUGGCGAGGCGUGAACGAGGCUCAACGUGCUUAUCCUCGGAUUUUUGGCCAUGAAGCAUCUGGGAUUGUGGAGAGUGUAGGGGAAGGAGUGAGUGAAGUUGAGGAAGGGGACAUAGUAGUGCCAAUAUUCAAUGGGGAGUGUGGAGAGUGUUCGAUGUGCAAGUGUGAGAAGACCAACUUGUGUGAGAGGUUUGGAGUGGAUGCCAUGAAGAAGGUGAUGGAAGGAGAUGGCACAACAAGAUUCUCCACUGUUAAUGGGAAACCCAUUUUCCAUUUCUUGAACACUUCAACUUUCUCGGAGUACACGGUGGUGGAUUCGGCCUGUGUGGUCAAGUUUCUGGACUCCGAUCACAGUCUCAGCCACAAGAACCUCACCUUGCUCAGCUGUGGCGUCUCCACAGGGGUUGGAGGCGCUUGGAAUACAGCUAAUGUGCAUUCUGGUUCAACUGUAGCUAUUUUCGGCUUAGGAGUUGUUGGGCUCGCUGUUGCUGAGGGGGCACGAGCUAGAGGUGCAUCCAAAAUAAUAGGCGUAGACAUCAAUCCUGACAAAUUCAUCAAAGCCCAAACUAUGGGAGUGACAGACUUCAUAAACCCUGAUGAUGAAGAGAAGCCAGUAUACGAGAGAAUUAGAGAAAUAACUGAUGGAGGUGUACACUACAGUUUUGAAUGUACUGGAAACGUGGACGUUUUAAGGGAUGCCUUCUUGUCAUCCCAUGAGGGUUGGGGAUUGACUGUAAUAUUGGGAGUUCAUGCGUCACCAAAGUUGCUUCCCAUCCACCCAAUGGAGCUCUUAGACGGUCGCAACAUUGUAGGAUGUGUAUUUGGAGGUUUCAAAGGGAGAAGUCAAUUGCCUCACUUUGCCAAAGAAUGUGGACAAGGAGUGGUGAAGCUGGAUAAUUUCAUCACUCACGAGCUACCCUUUGAGGAGAUAGACAAAGCCUUCGAUCUUUUGAUCACUGGGAAGUCACUGAGAUGCCUUCUGCACUUCUAAGAAAAGAUGCCUUUUAGAAUGGAUGUGAUAAUUAUGAUAUGAAUUGUUCAAUAGGAGCAUAUCUAAAUAAUAAUGUGCAAUACUCUCGGAAAGAUGUCAGGGGUGCUUUUGAACAGUGUACUGGAUCCAAGAAAGAAAAUUAGAGGAAGUGUACUCAGCUUUGUUCACCUUCCAUCAAUUGAUAAUAGUGUGCUGUAGCUGUACCUCUACUGCUACUUUUUCUUUAUUUCAUUGCAGCCCAUAAAAAACACUGCUUUGUAAUUAGUAGAGAUAAAAUAAGAAUUAAUGUUAUUUUAAGGUUAAAUGUUAUUUUAA